AUGGCUUCAGUUGAUUCAGCACCUAUCACACAUUUGCCCAACCCAACACCGCAACGCAGGAGGCCACGGUGGGGUGGCAACAAUCCGUCGGCUCACAGAGGUGGACAGAAUCUGGGCAGGACCACUCAAAUCCCAGAGACAAACGGCUCUUCUUCUCGACUAAUCAACCAAUCAUUGGCACUAAGACCAGCUUCUGUAGCACCACCUUCGAUACCAUCUUCUACCGAGCCUUCAAGUGCUGAAGCUUCGACAAAUGAAAAUGGUCAUUCAGGCAAUGCAAGAGGGCGGAGGCCAAGGGGUCGAGGCAGAGGGAGAGGAACAGGCAGAGGAGGAGAAGUCCGUGGAGGCGGAGCGCCUGCAGAUGCUUCUGGAACGAAUGCGAAUGGGCAUGGCUACGGUCAUGAUGGGCUGCGCGAUGGACACAGCCAGGGAACAGUCCUCGGGUCUGGUAGACAUUUUCGCGGAGCAUUGACCCAGGAGGAGCUCACAUCAACGCAGAAUGUAUCUACCUUGCAAGCAGAUGCACCAGAGUUUCACCCAGGUCAACGACAUCAACAACGGCUCAUUAAUACUAGAGGUGGAAAGACGGCCCAACCCAACCAACGCCAGCCUCAAACAAAAGCACCGCGUGCAAGGAGGCAGUCAAUCCCCAAGUCCUCGGCUCCCGAUAUUGCUACACGCACACACGAAGAUAUCACUAACGGGAUCUACGAAUGCCCUAUAUGUACGAAUGAGGCUCAACCCAAGCUCAGCGGCGAAACGAGAAUGGAGACCUUCCUCCUCCAAGACAAUGGAGAUGCCCUGGAUGCAACUUGCCUAAGGAUGUUCUGCCCUCUAAUUACACAUGUUGGUGCACGAAGGAAGCGGACCCGCAACCCAUUCCUGGGAUACCGCCUCACUCGUGUGGACAAACUUGUGGCAAUCACAGAAUUCUACCAAAGAAAUGUCCUCAUCCCUGCGAGCUACUGUGUCAUGCCGGUCCAUGUCCUCCUUGUUCACACAUAG